AUGCUCUUCUUCCAUGUUGGUGAUGUUCCUGGGGCUAUCUCGGUCGCGUUCACCGAUGUGCGACACAUAGCACCUGUAAACUGCGAAGAAUCAUCUUCUCUGAGUGGCCAUCAACUGUGA